AUGGUCGUGCUCGUUGACUUUUGUGAUAAUUUGAUUGAGACACGUAAAUCUUUCGUAACAAAGAAGAAGGAACCAGAAAUUUCGUUUAGUAGAGAGGAAGGGUUUGGUAAGUACUUGGACUUGCAUGCUAUGUACAAGUACAACCAAUACAUCAACUCUAAAUUUGGUGGUGGUGAUGCAAAGAUCGAAUAUUCUGCUUACCUCGACGUCUUUUCUCGUCCACCAUGUAAUAAACAAAAGUGUUCGAAGCAAAACAGAAAGUAUAUGGAAGAUCUGCUAGGUUACUUGGUCGGCUUUUUCAAACGAACCAAGCCGUCGCAAGAUCUUGACACAAUACUUUCCAAUGUUGAGAUUGGUUUUGAGGAGCAAGAAACCGCAACAACCGAGGAACUGAUGGAUUUGGGAGCUGAGAAGCUAAAAGAGGCGUUGGCAGCAUUAGGUUUGAAAGUUGGUGGUACUGUGCAGCAACGUGCGGAGAGACUUAAGAAACAUCAGAAGUCCGCGAGAGAGAUUGCGAUAAUAGAGGCCAAAGUGAAGAAACUCUGCGCUUUACUCGAUGAGACAAUCCAAAGGACGAAACAAAACGUCAACAAGAAGACAUACUCUGGUCUUCAACGUCUAGGUCUCAUCUUAUUAAUCACAUUCAGUAUUGCUCUUUUAUUAGUUUCUAUUGUAAUUGUCAAGAAACCUAGCUCUUGCAACCUAAACAAAUAA